UGUAGCGAACCAAGGAGUUCACUAUGGGGGAAUGAUGAGUUUGGCUUGUCAAUUGAGGACUUUGGUGGUUGCGAUUUGGCGGAGUAUUCCGGUGAAGUUGAUGACGGAGACUUGGGAGAGAUUGACAGUUUAUUGGGAAUGGUUCCCGUGGUUCCCAACUGUGGCAUCGGAAAAACUCUGAGCCAACUUGAAGAGCAUCGUAGAUUCGAUGAGUCGAGAAAGAGCGGUGAAUACGGAGGCGACGAAGUUAUGGAAUGCAAAGUUACCGCGAACCCUGUUGGAGAUGUUUGGAAGAGGUCGGUUGUUUUGGGGCUUUGUUGUCCAAAACAAGCUGCGCUUGGCAUCGGAUCGACGUCGGUUCCUGUUGCGCGUGAUGGCGGGAAAUCGUUAUGCACUGUAGAGAGGUUAACCGAUUUAUUCGAGCAGGGAGUUUUUCCCGAGGAUUUGGCGAUUAUGGUGCCGAAACCGCAUCGGCGUCCUUGGAAUCCUCCCAAAGGAUAUAUAUGCGUAUACGAGGAUUACUUCACUGACGGCCAACUUCGCUUUCCUCUCCCAGAUUUUCUCGUGCAAUAUUGUUUUCGACGGGGGAUCGCUUUUUCUCAGCUUUCUCUUGGUUCGGUUCGCAAUGCAGUUGGCUUGAUGAUGUUAGGGAACGACUGUGGUGUAGAGGUCGAUACCGAUCUUUUCGAAGAAGCUAUUACUUUCUCUGUUAUGGCAGAUAACCCGGGUCUUUGUCAAGUGAACGCCAGGUCGAGUCACAAGAUAGUUCAUGGGGUGAAAAGUAAGGUUGUCGACUGGCGGCGAUAUUAUUUCUACGUGCAAGUGUCUAAGAUUUUGGCUCCGGCAUCUAGCUCUUCUCUUGCUACCGAGUGGAACUUGUUUCCCGGUAGACUUUAUUUGGAUACGACUACAUGGAGUGAAUGCUUGCAUGGUUUUUGAUCGUAUUUUGUUUUCUGUUUGCAGCGCACGAUCCUCGACCACGUAAAGCUCGCAACGAUAUAUCUGUGGGUCUACGUGCGAUUUGGACGAGAGGAUCCUUGUUUUGGCCAGGAGUUAUCAAGUCGUCUUGUAUUCGUUCACCGUCACGUUUGGAGAUGGGGAAAGCGAGCUGUCGAUUUCCGAAUUAUUCUGACUCAUUCGGGGUGAGUGGUAUAGUGCCGAGCGAGACCGAGACUAUCCAGAUCGAUGAAGAGCCGGAGCAGGGAGUUGUGCAGCCGCAGCUGGUGGCUGAGCCGCAGCAAGACGUAAGUCUUGACGUUUCGGGGAGAACUGCAGUCGUUCCUGGCCGUCGAGCUGUUAGCGAGGACAGGGCGGCUAGGGUCUCUGCUGCUCAUUCCGGGAAGAAGAAGGUGUCAGGUUCGACUAACGAGGCCGCCUUUCGUGUUCCCCCCGAUGUUGAUGUUUCCUUACGUAGGAAGGUUUCUCAUGGAGGCCAUUUGCGGGAGUCUUCUGGUAUCGUACGAGAACGGGGGAGUUCUGCUCAAGAGGUCCGGGGAGUUGACUAUUCUUUCUUUUUCAACUAUGAGAAGAAAAACGAACCAUUUCCGGUUAGCAGGAGUUCUUGUGGUGACUUCGCAAGCAAGGUGUACGGAUCUCCUCACGAGUUUCCUCCCGUUGAUUCUCUCCUGGGGAUGAAUCUUUAUCAGACUUGGGCUUGCAAGCAGAUUCAGGUUCGUUGGAUUUCCAUUUGGACAGAUCUUUAUCAUUUCUCUUCUUUUUAUUUUUUGAGUUCUUCGAAUGAUUUUGUUGUUGUUCUCAGUCGAUCAGUGCCGGAAAUGCUCUUGUUGAUUUUUACGAUCGCCGAGCGAAGGAUCUUGAACAGGAAACGGUCGCCCUUAAAGCGGAGAACAAGACCGUAGGUUUUUCUGCGCAAAAUCGGUUGCGUGCGUUGAACUCAGAAAAAGGAAAGGUCGGAAAUCUCGAGGAGCAGGUCGAAAAGCUUACGGCACAGCUUAAGAAGGCUACUGCCGAGGAGACUAGGCUAAGGGACUCGCGUACUUCUGCUGUUCGUUAUGAACGAAACCGGGCUAAGGAAAAGAUUACCAAGUACACUGCCCGAAUUGAGAGGUUAAGGAAGCACAUCCUUGAUUGUCGAGCCGCGCAAGAUCCUCUGUUCAUGCAGUGCCAAGCUACGGGUACUCGGAAGUGCCUAAAGAAAUUUAUCGCCGACGGCUUGGCAGUUCCGGAUGAGAAGAUGGCGGCACUUAAAGCUGAUAAGCAUAAAUGGCGUGCGACGGUUGAAUCGCUAACGAUUACCGAUCUUUGCGAUGAUGAUCUUGCUCCUUUUCCGGAGUUGGCGGAUGAUGCACCGGUGGAGGUGACCGAGGCUGGAGUGGAGGGAGAUGGUGCUUAGGUUUCUGGUGCCUUGGUGAUCUCUUUGAGUAUGAGAAUUUGAUGUUUGCUAUUUCUUCUUUUAGUAUUCGUAGAUUUUGUCCGGCUUUUUAGCUUGUUGUAGCUUGUCGGAUCGGCAUUAUGUACGGUUGGCCCCGUGUUGGGUUUUGUUGUAUUGCGGAUUUUUAAAUGUACUAUGGUUGUUUCGCGGUUGCGGCAGCUUCUUUUUA